GUCCUUCUUCCGCAGUAGCUGCUGCCGCAUCACAGCUUCUUCUGCUGAUGUGCGCAAAGUGCCAGAAGCUAACGUUACGAUGCUCUCUACCCCCGCUGGAGUUCUCCUACUAUUAGCUUGGAUUCAUCCAAGUUACGCACUGUACUUCCACAUAGGAGAGACAGAGAAAAAAUGCUUCAUUGAAGAAAUCCCAGACGAGACCAUGGUUAUUGGAAAGUACAGGACUCAGCUGUGGGACAAGCAGACCAGUUCCUUCCUCCCAUCCACCCCGGGCCUUGGGAUGCAUGUGGAGAUCAAGGAUCCGGAUACAAAGAUUAUCCUUUCUCGUCAGUAUGGCUCAGACGGACGCUUUACCUUCACCUCCCACACUCCUGGAGAACAUCAGAUCUGUUUGCACUCCAACUCCACCAAGAUGGCUCUCUUUGCAGGAGGGAAACUGAGAGUGCAUCUGGAUAUUCAGGUCGGAGAACAUACCAACAACUACCCUGAAAUUGCAGCUAAGGACAAACUGACUGAGCUGCAGCUGCGAGUCCGACAGCUGCUGGACCAAGUCGAACAGAUCCAGAAGGAGCAGAACUACCAGAGGUAUCGCGAGGAGCGCUUUCGCAUGACGAGCGAGAGCACCAACCAGCGAGUCCUCUGGUGGUCCAUUGCUCAGACGCUUAUCCUCAUCAUCACCGGCAUCUGGCAGAUGAAACAUCUCAAAAGCUUCUUUGAGGCCAAGAAACUGGUGUAAUGUCUUUCUGGGCACCAUUAGGAAGCAACACAAGCUGACAGACUUGCCUGAGCAGAAUGGAGAGAUGGCCACCCACACCCAGGAGGAGACAAGUGGUCUUAAUAUCAGCCCUAAACGGUACGAGGCAGUUAUCAAUCCCGGGCAACGUGUUUUCCUUGUAAAUGUUUUAGGCUAUUGUUAUUUUUCCGUUAGCAACACUACAGUAGCAAAACACUUCAAUUACCUUUUCUUGCUGUGUUGUUUCUUGACAACACUGAACUUGUCAAUUUUCUAUCUUCCUGCGCAAGAAGAAGCAGAGACAACAUCAGUGAACUGAGACUGUUUCUUAUGGUUAUACAGGAGCGAAUGGCCACUGCAAUAGAUAUAUAAGAAUGAGAAUGUUAAAGCUGUUACGAGUAAUAACCGAGUAGUUUACUGAUUUUACAUAGGCCAUUAUUUGUCAUUGUUAGUGUUGCACAUUUUAUUUCCAGGUUUUGUAUCUUCUAACCAUAUGCUUUCAGCUGUGUCACACAAAUAUUAUCCCCUAGCCUUGAUUCCUUACAUAUCCAUCUGAUCAUGUUCUAUUCGAACUAAUUUAAAUUUAGCAUUUAUAAGCCAUAUAUAAGCCCUUAAUAAAUGGUUUCUAACACACUAAUAUAGUUGUAAGCAGCACCGAGGACAUUUUAACGUGGUUAUUAAUGUCUUUGUAAACAAUUAUAACCUCCCAUGAAGCAUUCAUAAUAAAGCUGCAAUGAUUAAUCAGUUAGUUGUCAACUAUUAAAUUAAUCACCAGCUAUUUUUUUUACAAUAGAUUAAAGCUGCAGUAGGUAACUUUUAUAAAAAUAAGUUUUUGUAAUUUUUGCUGAAACUUUCACUAUAUCCUGACAGUAGAACAUGAGACAGAUAAUCUGGGAAAAAAUCAGGUUCUUCUGGCUCCUCCUAGUGCUCCUGAUGGUAUUGGCAAGAAUCCACCGGGCCUGAAUGAAAACAACCAGUCGGAGCCAGAAAGAUGGGUGACUGUUGAGUGUCAUUCCCAGGCUGUCAUAUACAGACAUAUCAUAAAGUACUACUACCAAAACACAGUAAAAAUUUUAGCAAAUAUGACAAAAAGUUAUUUUUAUAAAAGUUACCUACUGCAGCUUUAAUUGUUUUGACAUCUGAGGACGUCACUCUGGGCUUUGGAAAACACUGACAUUUUAUUUUAGCAUUUUAUGGACCAAAUUACUAAUUGAUUGAUUGAGAAAAUAAUCGACAGAUUAACUGAAAAUGAAAGUAAUGGUUAUUUGCAACCCCACUUGAAUAAACAGUUUAUUAAUCAUUAAUAACAGGUGUAAAACUGUUAUUAAAGACAUAUUGAGAUUCAAGAUUCAUUCUUGAUUUCAGAUACAGUAGCUCUCUAAUUCUCAGCUCAAGGUCCAUCCACUAAUUUUCUUCCCAAGCUUUCAGGCUCAUCUUCCUUAGCUAAUGGAGUUUGCUCAAUUGUGAUGGAUGGUAAAAGAAUAUUUGCUCAAUAAAGCCAAUAAAUAUAUACAGUUAAUAUAAUCAAUCUACAAUAGACAGAGGUCCUAUUUCAUAUUUGUAUAAUACUGUCAUUACUGUUUAUAAGGCAAUUACAGAUACUGUAUAGGAGUUGACAAAUGCAUUAAUAAACACAUAAAACUGUCCUUAUAACUUUAUACAACCACAUUUUAAAGGAUCAGUGUUAAGGAUUUUGUGGCAUCUAGCGUAGAGUUGCAGAUUGUAACUGUCUCGGAUCACCCUCCCCUUCCAAGUGUGAAGGAGAAACUACAGCGGUCACGAAGUGCGCAAAAAUGCCAUGCCAUGGUGGCCUUUAUAAAACAAAAAGGACCCGCACCCUCUGUAGAUAAAAACAGCUCAGUCUAAAGUAACAAAAACUGAUUCUUAUAUUCAGGUGAUUAUACACUAAUGAAAACAUACCUAUGAAUAUUAUAUUACAUUUUCUGACAAUAGAUCUUUCUAAAUGUUACACUCUACGCUUUUAAGUGUUUAUAUAUUGCUUAUGAAUGUGAAAUGGAAGGUUAAAAUGAAGUGUUCCCAUCCUGCUGACUGUAUAUAGUUUCUAGCCAGAGUCCAGUUUCCUGUACAUUUGACCAAUGCUAGGUCUGUAGAUACAGUUUGUGAUACUCGUCUGUUAAUAACAGGAUUCUACUGUAUGUUGUAAAUAACAGGUAUAGCUUAGUGACUGUCCUGUCCAUUUUCUAAUGCCUUUUACACUGAUUGAAUACUAUUCAAGUCUUUAAGUCCUUCAGUUGUGUCACCAGGUUUUUUUUCUUUUGUUCCAUCAGUGUCAUAGAACUUAUUUAUUGAUUGGUCGUAGCCUGUGUUUUAUUGCCGAGAUUAAGCCAAAUCUGCUCUGUCAUUUCAUGAUUUCUAUCCUGGGUUCUACUUAUCAACCCCAUUUUAAUACUUUUGCUAAUUCUGUUAAUUGAAGUUCUCAUCAUUAUAAGGUAGAGCCCGACUGAUAUAUCGGUCGGCAGAUAUUAUCAACCAAUAUUGACUUGUCACAGAUAUAUCGGUAUGGUAUCGGUGUAAGUGUCCUCCAAUGUGCACCGAUAUUUUCUGAAUAUAACGCAGAAAAAUAUAAUUGUGGUAAUAUAUUUGUCACUGAAAAGUUUAACCAGCAGAGUGCGCUGUGAGUUAAAAUACUGUGGCAAACGGCUCGGAGUGAGAAGAAAAAGCUUCUACCUUUCUAUUAAAUUAUUCAACUUGUUAAAGAAUAUUUAACUUAAAUAUUCUUAACAUAAAUUUAUUUGUUUAACAAAACAGCUCUCUGAGUACCUUUUGCAGAGUCAUAUUGAAAACACAUAGAAAAGGUCUAUUUUCAAGCUCAAACAUGUACUUCAUCGACCGCCAUAUCGGUAGUCAAUGAAUUUUUCCCCUCAAAGACUAAUAUUGUCCGGGCUCUAUUAUAAGGGAAUACAGUGAAUCAGUAGGUUAAUAUAGCUAUUUUUUACUUCCAUAGUUUGAGUCCAGCAUAUCUGGGUGUUGAAUUCCUUUUACAGUUGUUAAAUUAUCACUCUAAAAAUAUAAUUUUUUUUUACUGUGGUCCAGAUGUUACCUCCGUGUGCUUAAUAAAGAAACUCUGGUAAAACUC